AUGGGGAAAAGUAAAAAAUACUCGUUAAAUGGAGAAUUCAUCAAGGCUGAAGAGCCACCAGCACCAGAAAAAAAGUCAAUUUCAUUUCUUCAAAUGUUCAAAUAUGCAACUAAAUUUGACAGGUUACUAAUUAUCCUAGGAGUUUUUUGCUCGUUAGCCGCUGGUAUUUUACAACCGUUCAAUACAGUUCUUUUCGGUGGUUUAACUGGCGAAGCCAUCAAGUAUGGUCAAUCCAUAUUGAAUAAAUCCUUGCAACCGAAUGAACUACACAAAGUCCAAGAUGAAUUUUUGGAUGGAGUGCGAUAUUUCGCUUUGAUGGAUACGAUACUCGGAAUAGCCAUGUUGAUACUCAGCUACGUUUCAACUGUUGCCUUUAAUUUUACAGCUGCCAAACAAUCAUUCAAAAUAAGAUCAAGUUAUCUAAAAUCCAUACUUAAUCAGGACAUAUCUUGGUAUGAUCAAAACCGAACAGGAGAUUUCGCUAGUAAAAUAUCAGAAGAUUUGUAUAAAUUUGAAGAUGGUAUUGGCGAGAAAGUACCUAUUUGCAUUCAAUCCGUCUUUUUUCUUUUAUCUGCUGUGGUUAUAGCACUUGUGAAAGGAUGGGAACUGGCUCUUAUAUCAUUAAUAUCAAUUCCAAUUACAGUAGUAUGCUUCACGAUAAUAAAUUUAUUAACAGUGAGACUGGCUAAAAACGAGGUAGAAGCUUACGGAGUCUCUGGGUCCAUAGCAGAAGAAGUUUUCUCGUUGAUAAGAACUGUAACGGCUUUUAACGGGCAGCAAAAAGAAAUUGAACGAUACAAGAAAAAUUUAAUCGUAGCGAAGGAAAAUAACAUAAGAAGAUCGCUUCUUAACGGUAUAGGAUUCGGAUUGUUAUAUUUGUUGCUCUACAGCAGCUACGGACUCGCCUUCUGGUAUGGAGUGAAUUUGGUUCUUAAGGAAAGAGACGAGGCCAAUCCAACUUACACACCAGGAAAUAUGGUGACGGUAUUUUUCAGUAUAAUGUCGGCAUCUAUUAGUUUUGGUGCAGUGUCACCGUUUUUGGAAGUUUUCGCCAUAUCUAAAGCAGCAGCCUUUAAAAUCUUUAGCGUGAUCGACAACAAACCCACUAUAAAUUUGUCCAAAGGAAACGGAAAAAAACUAGAAGGUUUUAAAGGAAACAUAGAGUUUAAAAAUGUUAAAUUCAAUUACCCUUCUAGAGACGUGCCUGUUCUCCAAGGCAUAAAUUUUAAAAUAAAUCCCGGUGAGACAGUUGCACUAGUAGGAAGCUCGGGAUGUGGAAAAUCCACCGCCAUUCAACUGAUUCAACGUUUCUAUGACGCUUCGUCCGGCGAAAUCCUUAUCGAUGGAGUCAGAAUUAACGAACUGGACUUAACAUGGUAUAGAAACCGCAUCGGCGUCGUAAGCCAAGAACCCGUACUUUUCGGAACCACUAUUAUGGAGAAUAUUAAAUACGGAUGCGAUGGAGUUACAGAUGAAAACGUUAUUGAAGCAGCUAAGAAAGCUAACGCUCAUAACUUUAUUAAGGGUUUACCGAAAGGCUAUAACACGCUAGUUGGAGAACGUGGAACACAAUUGUCAGGAGGUCAGAAGCAAAGAAUUGCCAUAGCACGAGCUUUAGUUCGGCAACCAACUGUGCUUUUAUUAGAUGAAGCUACUUCUGCUUUGGACAACACAAGCGAAGCUAAAGUACAAGCAGCAUUAGAUUCGGCCAGCGUGGAAUGUACUACCGUUAUUGUUGCUCAUCGCUUAUCAACAAUACGAGGAGCUGACAAAAUAUUUGUAUUGUCACAAGGGGUAGUAGUAGAAGAAGGAACCCACGACGAAUUGAUGAAACUAAAUGGAGAAUAUCACAAACUAGUAACAACACAAGUAACAGACAACGAAAAAUCAGAGGCUGGCAAAAAAAUUAGCAUCAGCAGUGAUAAAGAUGUUUCUGAAAAUACCGAAGACCUGAACGAUGGAAUUGAAGAAAUCGAUGAUUUCAAAACGAACAGCAACACAUCUUUAUUCGAAAUAAUGAAACUGAAUAGCCCCGAAUGGCUAUACAUACUAAUAGCUAGCAUAGGGUCUACCGUAGUGGGUUUCGGUUUACCAGCGUUCGCCGUGAUAUUCGGUAGUAUCUUGGGAACUCUAUCAGACGCUGACAAUAGCUAUGUCAGAUCUCAAACCGAUUACUACUGUCUCUGUUUCGUAGCGGCCGGCGCUGUUUGUAUGGUCUCCGUGUUUUUGCAGAACUAUCUCCUAGGAAUAGCCGGCGAGAAAAUGACGGAAAGAAUUCGUACGCAAUUGUUCACGGCGAUGGUUUCCCAAGAAAUGAGUUUCUUCGACAAAAAGUCUAAUGGAGUCGGUGCACUCUGCGCUAAACUUUCAAGCGAUGCGGCAAGCAUACAAGGGGCUACAGGACAACGUGUUGGCACGAUAUUACAAUCAUUAGCAACGCUGGGAUUAGCAAUAGGUUUAUCGAUAUACUAUCAGUGGAAACUAGGAUUAGUAACAGCAGCUUUUGUACCACUAAUUAUAUUUGCAAUAUUUGUCGAAAGAAGAAAUACGUCAGGUCAAAACGAUAUAAGAGAUAAGUCUCUGCAAAAUUCUACAAAGUUAGCUGUUGAAGCUAUAGGAAACAUUAGAACAGUAGCGGGAUUAGUAUUAGAAGAUAAAAUCGCAGAAAAGUACAUUAAUGAACUUUUACCUCAUUACAAAUUAUCUUCAAAAAUCAUCCAUUGGCGUGGAAUAGUUUAUGGCCUUUCGAAGGGGUUAAUAUUUUUUGCUUACGCUACCACCAUGUACUAUGGCGGCUUUUUCGUUCGAGAUGGCUUAAAAUACGAUAAAAUCUUCAAGAUAGCUCAAGCGCAAAUGAUGGGAGUUGUAUCUAUAGCAAAUGCCCUAGCAUUCUCGCCUAAUUUGACAAGAGGUAUAAAUUCGGCGAAAAAAAUUAAAAGUUUCCUAUCCAGAUUACCAUCAAUUCGCGACGUUCCCAAUUCGAUUGUUAUAAAAGAGUUUAGCGGGAAUGUUUGUUAUAAAAACAUAGAAUUCUCUUACCCGUCCAGACCAAACACAAAAAUCCUCAACGAUUUAAAUAUAAACGUACUUAGUGGGAAAACAAUAGCGCUUGUGGGAGAAAGCGGAUGCGGCAAGUCAACUAUCGUUCAAUUGAUAGAACGAUUUUACGAUCCCAGUUACGGUGAAGUGCAGCUGGAUGAUCAGAAUAUCAAAAAUAUCAGAUUGAAUUCGCUGAGAUCUCACUUGGGCAUUGUAUCUCAAGAGCCUAAUCUGUUUAAUAAAACCAUCGCGGAAAACAUAGCUUACGGCGAUAACUCUCGAAUUGUGCCUACAGAUGAAAUUAUUCGAGCUGCGAAAAAUGCUAAUAUACAUAAUUUCAUAGCAGGUCUGCCGGAGGGAUACGAAACUAAACUAGGAGAAAAGGCAAUACAACUCUCAGGAGGUCAGAAACAAAGAAUAGCUAUAGCUAGAGCAUUGAUCAGCAAUCCCAAAGUUUUACUACUAGACGAAGCAACAUCAGCGCUGGAUACUGAGAGCGAAAAGGUAGUACAAGAAGCGUUAGAUCAGGCUAAAGAAGGUCGUACUUGUAUUAUGAUAGCUCACAGAUUGACAACGAUCCAAGAUGCUGAUGUAAUUUAUGUGAUUAAAGCUGGAAGCGUUGUUGAAUCGGGAACGCAUAAGGAAUUAUUAGAAAAAAUAGGAAUAUAUUAUAAGUUAUAUACCCAAAAAACAUAA